GCGGUUUGUCCCAAGCGCCAAGGACUGCAGGACCGGACUGACUCUCCAGCACCGCAACCACAGGUGUCACUGGAUCCGUGCGCCCAGGUGCCUGUCUUUCAUCGUUGCGUCCCCUCCCGGUCGGUGGUCCUCGGGUUCGCAGACCAUGGCAGCGCCGGGCAGCCGCUCGGAGCCGCCGCAGCUCGCCGAGUACGGCUGCAGCUACGUGGUGUCGCGGCCGGUGUACAGCGAGCUCACCUUUCAGCAGCAGCGAGAGCGGCGCCUGCAGGAGCGUAGGACGCUGCGGGACAGCCUGGCGCGGAGCUGCAGUUGCUCCAGAAAGAGAGCCUUUGGUGUACUGAAGACUCUCCUGCCCAUUCUGGACUGGCUCCCCAAAUACCGAGUCAAGGAAUGGUUGCUCAGUGAUGUCAUCUCUGGAGUUAGCACUGGACUAGUGGCUACCCUACAAGGGAUGGCUUAUGCCCUGCUAGCUGCAGUUCCUGUUGAAUAUGGUCUCUACUCUGCCUUUUUCCCUAUCCUGACGUAUUUUGUCUUUGGGACAUCAAGACACAUCUCAGUUGGCCCUUUCCCCGUGGUCAGUUUAAUGGUGGGAUCUGUUGUUCUGAGCAUGGCUCCAGAUGACCAUUUUCUUGUGCCCAGUGGUAACGGAAGUGCAUCAAACAUGACCACAUUCGAUACUGGAACCAGAGAUGCGACAAGAGUACUGAUUGCAAGCACCCUCACUCUUCUGGUUGGAAUCAUACAGCUGGUAUUUGGAGGUUUGCAGAUUGGAUUCAUAGUGAGGUACUUGGCGGACCCUUUGGUUGGUGGAUUCACAACAGCUGCUGCCUUCCAAGUGCUGGUUUCACAACUAAAGAUCGUGCUCAAUGUUUCAACCAAAAACUACAAUGGCAUCCUCUCCAUUAUUUAUACACUAAUUGAGACUUUUCAGAACAUCGGUGACACCAAUAUUGCGGAUUUCAUUGCUGGAUUACUUACCAUCAUCAUCUGUAUGGCUGUUAAGGAAUUAAAUGACCGAUUUAAACACAAAAUCCCAGUUCCUAUUCCUAUAGAAGUGAUUGUGACAAUAAUUGCCAGUGCCAUUUCCUAUGGGGCCGACUUGGAAAAAAAUUACAAUGCUGGCAUUGUGAAGUCCAUCCCAAGUGGGUUCUUGCCUCCUGCACUUCCAUCUGUGGGCCUGUUUUCCGACAUGCUGGCUGCAUCCUUUUCCAUUGCUGUGGUGGCUUAUGCUAUUGCAGUGUCUGUAGGAAAAGUCUAUGGCGCCAAGUAUGAUUAUCUCAUCGACGGAAACCAGGAAUUUGUUGCCUUUGGGAUAAGCAAUAUCUUCUCAGGAUUCUUCUCCUGCUUUGUGGCCACCACUGCUCUGUCUCGAACGGCUGUCCAGGAGAGCACGGGAGGAAAGACACAGGUUGCUGGCAUCACCUCAGCUCUGAUUGUAUUGAUCACCAUUGUUGCCCUGGGGAAGCUUCUGGAACCUGUGCAGAAGUCUGUCCUGGCAGCGGUCGUCAUUGCUAACCUGAAAGGGAUGUUCAUGCAGGUGUGUGACGUUCCUUGUCUGUGGAGGCAGAAUAAGACCGAUGCUGUUAUCUGGGUGUUUACCUGCGUAAUGUCCAUCAUUCUGGGGCUGGACCUGGGUUUGCUAGCUGGCCUUUUAUUUGGACUACUGACUGUGGUCCUGAGAGUUCAGUUCCCAUCAUGGAACGGCCUUGGAAGUGUCCCCAGCACAGACAUCUAUAAAAGUGUCACACAUUACAAAAACCUUGAAGAGCCCGAAGGAGUGAAGAUCCUGAGAUUUUCUAGCCCCAUCUUUUAUGGCAAUGUCGAUGGUUUUAAAAAAUGUGUCAAGUCCACAGUUGGAUUUGAUGCCAUUCGAGUUUAUAACAAGAGGCUGAAAGCACUGAGGAGAAUACAGAAACUCAUCAAAAAAGGACAACUAAGGGCAACAAAGAAUGGGAUCAUAAGUGAUAUUGGCUUAUCAAAUAAUGCUUUCGAACCUGAUGAAGAUAUUGAAGAGCCAGAAGAACUUGAUAUCCCAACCAAAGAAAUUGAGAUUCAAGUGGACUGGAACUCCGAACUCCCAGUUAAAGUGAAUGUCCCAAAAGUGCCGAUCCAUAGCCUAGUGCUGGACUGUGGAGCCAUAUCCUUCUUGGAUGUGGUAGGAGUGAGGUCAUUGCGAAUGAUUGUCAAAGAAUUUCAGAGAAUUGAUGUGAAUGUGUACUUUGCUUUGCUUCAAGAUGAUGUGCUAGAAAAAAUGGAGCAGUGUGGGUUCUUUGAUGACAACAUUAGAAAGGACAGAUUCUUUCUGACGGUUCAUGAUGCUAUACUCUAUCUGCAGAACCAGGUUAAAUCCAGGGAGGGCCAGGAUUCCCUUCUAGAUACGAUCACCCUCAUUCAAGACUGUAAAGAUCCUCUUGAACUGAUGGAAGCAGAGAAGAAUGAGGAAGAACUUGAUGUUCAGGAUGAGGCCAUGCGUAGACUUGCUUUCUGAGAGUGGGUACGGGGUCACCGCCAGCAAGGACUGCUGACAGAACGUGUCUAUCAGGUCCUUCUCUGCAAGUGUUCUCUGCUCUAUUUCUUCAUCCGCUAUGCUAAAAAUAUUUACAUUUUUAAACUUCUUAGGCAUUACACAAGAAACACUGGUCAUUUCUAUGUCUUAAUGCAGAAAACAAACAGCUUAGCUCUAAAAUAUUCAAAACCACGAGACUUAGCCCUGAAAGUCAGCAAUGUCUGGGACCUGAGACAGUGCUCAGUGUUGCAGACACCAUGACAGGGUUGCUCUCUGUGCCCACAGAGUGUGCCCGAUCCCUGUUAAAUUGCAGUAAGUGUUCCCUGAACAGCCUUUGUGGGCAGAUGAGCUAGGAAGGAUUAAUCACAAAGAAAGAUGAUUCCCAGACUGACCUUGAAAUCCAAGUGUUGUGUUGAUCACACUAAGAAAGGUAACUAAUGUACUUUGUAAAGUUACUAAUGUACUCAUUAAUGAGCUUAAAAAAUAAAACCAACCUUUGAAAAAUAA